UUUAAGGAUAAACAGUUAUUCCUUUCUUCUUCUAGUACCAAUCUGAUUUCUCUUACUCCUGAUGAGCAAACAGAUAAGGAUUUUAAUGAAAUUUUGACUAGUUUUCUUUCAUUAUUACAGCAAGAUUCAGAUGAACUUACCCUUA